GUGAAAGUAAAAAUUGAUGAUUUUGUUCUUUGGAGGCUUUAUCAGAAUUGGUAGGAAAGACGAAAGUUUGAUACAACUUAACCUUCUCUAUGGUAAACCUUGCAAAUCGAAAAUAUGAUGGAUUUGACAACUUAUAAUGGAAAUGAAUUCUUUAUUCUAUUGACGGUGUUUGCUGUCAUAUCUUUCUUGUUGUUUUUAAUAUGUUUGAUUCUAUAUUGGAUAAGCCAUAAAAAUGCAUUGUUGGAAGUGAAACGUUUGUCACUUAUCGAAGGUUAUGCGAAUUCAAUGGUACAAACAUAUUUUUAUGAUAAUUUAAAAAAAAUAAUUCCCGAUCAAAGGCCAGGAACAGGUCUGUAUGACAAAAUAAUGAUGUAUAAAGAUACAGAAAAACUUGAAGAAGAAGAUUUUCCACUUCAUAAAAUCUUCAUAAUUAUAUGUGCAUCAGGAUUUAUUCCUGAUGCCCUUGAAAAUAUUGAUAAAACACGUAUUAAAGCACGGAAGCCAUUGCUUUUAGAUCAUGAUGGGUCGAUUAUCACAUUGACUAAUGGGUUGAUUACCACAUCGACUGAUGGAUCCAUUACCACAUCGAUUGAUUGGUCGAAAUUGGCCCAAUUGAUAAUAGAUGGUCGACUAAAUGCGAUAUCCAUUUAUAAGGUAUAUCACCGCAAUUCAAAGAAUCACACUACAAUUGCCACGGGUCCUCCUUUACUUACUCUUCUUGAAGCGUCUAAAGAGGAUCCUGAACUAAAAGAUAACAAGAAACAAAUCAUGGAAAUAUUCUAUAAAAAAUUACAAAAGAAAUUAGCUGAAAAUGCAGAAUUCACAAAUUCUUAUGAACUUGUAUUUUACAAUGACGACCAUGAUAAGCCUUCUACUUUAGCAGAAGAAAUUAUUCUAAGGCACGUUGACCAAGGUUUGGUGAGGCAAGAAGCUAUGAGUUAUCAUUUGAGUACUGAUUGUGUGAUUGAAACGUUUUUAGAUUGAGGUAUUCAUUUAUGUAUUAAAUGGCGUAGCUCCAUUAAAUGUUUGCUGAUCAGUAAUGAAUGGAAUUAUCAUCCAAGCAUGUUCAACUUACUAAGAUUCGAUUUGUACUGUGAAGAUGAAGCAUAGAUCAUAUGGCCAAAGAUUUUUUAUGGAUAAUAUAUAACAAAGAAUUUUAUUAUCAAAUUCACAAGAAAGGUUUAAAUGUUAUCUAGGGUUUUCAACCACUAGAAUAUUGCCUUUUCUGUGAGUCAAUGAAUCUCUAUAUUUUUUAUUCUGUAGAUAAAAUGAGAUUUAUUUUUCGAUUUCACAUCUGUUCUAUCUUCUUAUGUUUAGUGCAUAUAAUUAGAUGCAAAUUAAUCUUUACAUUUCUUAAUUAUGCUAUAAGAGACUGACUUUAUUAAUUAUUAAAAACUUUUGUGAUUUUGAAAAAAAUUUAAUUAAAUUUUUUAUUUUCAUAAAAGUGCUACUUUCUGUCAGUCUAUGACUUUAGUAAUUUUAUUUUGCUUAGUAACUAAAAUUAAUGGAAUAUCAGAUAUUCCAUAAUGCAGUUUUUUUGAUAUGCAGGAAUUACAUUUUAGAUCUUUUACAUAUGUAAGUAUUUGUCACUUAUUUGUGUCUAAUAUUCAUAAAAGAAAGAAAGCAAAUUGAAAAUUUAAAUCAAAUUAUUUUUAUUUAUUAAAUUUAUAAUAAUUGACUAGCAGACUGAGUAUUCAGCUAUUUACUGAUGUGAAUGUUGUUUUUUUCUCCUUUGGGUGCUUUUAUUUGUUUAUUAAUUUUAAUUAGAAUAUGUUAUCAUGCAUAUUCUCUCGGGCUUUUUUUCCCAACAAAACAUUCAGACAAAAAUUUAUUAAAAAGCACUUGUUUUUUUUCCAUUUAUUUGUUAUCAUUUUAUUAGAUUUUCAUUUUUAUUUCUCUUUGCUUCAUUCAUUAAAUGAGUAGCUUCAUAUCUAAGACAGACAGCUGCAAUUUUCAAAAAGUGGAGAAAAGAUCAAUUUUGGUUUUAUUAGGUUCAUUCUAAACUGUUUCUGAUGAUUUUAUUUAAGAAUGUUCAACUUGAAUCAUGAAAAGAAAAAAUCAUUAGCAUUGGUUUAAUUGUAUUAUUUAACUAGAGUAGGUUUAAUCUAAUUAGUUUUAUCAGAGGUUCAACGUUAUUCUAUUUUAGAUUUAAUUUCAGAUAUUCAUUAAUUUCAUGAAUUGUGUGUUUUUUUUUUUAAUGUUAGCUGAUUAUUUAACAUAAAAUAAUGUACAAGCAUGUUUCAAUUGUCUAAAACUUGACCCACCUUAAAGCAUUGUGAUUAUUGUGCCAAAUUUUUAUUGUGAAGAAUAUCAUACCAAAGAAUUUUAUAAGAAAGAUUCAGAUUUUUUAGGGUUUUUAAACACUGUAAAAUUACAUCAGACUUUUUUAUAAAUUAAAAAAUAUCUAUAUUUUAUAUUCUGCAGUUAGAAUUAGGUAUAUUUUUCUAUUUCUCACUUAUACAAUCUUAUGAGAAUAUUAAAAUAAUAAUAAUAAUUUUUAAAUAUUAGAUUUAAUUACAAUUGAGUUAAUAUUGAAUAUUUUAUGUUUAGUUUUGCUGUUCUAAUGGUUAAAUCUCAAUCCAUAUUUUAAUGUUUUGAUAUACUAUUCUUUAAAAAUUAUCAUUUUAGAUUUGUAAUUUAAAUUUCAAUUGUAAAUAGAAAAUAUAGAAUAUAGAAAAAAAAAUAGUUUAACAAAAAUGUAUUUUAUUAUCCUUAUCUUUUGUUGCUUGGUCUGCUCAUAUCAUAAGUCAUUAAAAUUUUUAUUUGAUUUAUGUUGUAUUUUCCUUAAUAGUGGUUGCGAAUUCAGCAAACAUGUCUAGUAAUAGUAUGAUAAACUAGAAGAGAGUUUAUUAUAAAUAUUAACAUGGUGCAUUAAUUACAGCAAUAGGCAAUUCAUUUUUGCUUCACCAAAACUAUUGCAAAAUUUACUUUCAAAACGUUGUUUCAUAGAUUAAUAUAAACAAAAAAAAAAUGAUGAAAACAAUUUCUUAAAUUAAAAAUGUACCUGAUUAAGUUUAAGUUUUGUAUAAAGCAAUUUGUUGUAAUUGCUUUAGUGCUCAAGUUUAAUCAUACCAAUAAAUAAUGUUUUAUAUAAUGAUUAAUUUGUUUAUAUACAUACAAAAAUAUUUUGUAUUUAAGUGCCUUUAGACAUGGUAGAUUUGUUUAUUUUUUUUUGGUUCUGAAUUUAUUAUAAAAUGUUAAUUAUAAAAUUAAAUAAAGUACAAUGUUAUGGCUUUAUUGUACUAACACAAGGAACAUGUCUGUUCUUAAUUUUGUAAUUAUUUUUCAUAAAAUUCAAUAUUUUAAGAGUUCUACUAUUGCUGAGAAUUUAUUCUUGUAUUACUCUGUAUCUGUAUCAGAAAGUAAUCAUAUAUUAAAUGUUUGCUUUAUACUACCUAUUAGUAUUUAUUUAUUGACAUCAUUUUUCAUUAUCAAAUUUAUUAAUGGUUAUUAUACCUCAAAAUGUGAUGCCCUCCCCUGUAAAUUGUUUUUAAAGUCUUUAAAAAGUUUUAAGUCUUUAAAAAGUUUUAAAGUCUUGAAGCUAUAAACAUGUUUUAAAUUUCAAUCCGCUCUCUUAGGGUUUCCAAUUUUCUUUGAAUGACAUUUGAAAAUAUAUUUUUUCCCUGGCUUGAAAUAUUAGAUAUUACUUGUACAUAUUUGGAGUCACUAACGAGAUUGAAAUUCCAAAUUUGAAAUUUAAUAUUACUGCUCAGUUGUUAUUGAGUCUUUUUGUUCGACAUAUAUCAUGUUAAAAAAAAAAAAAAAUUCAUAAACAAUAUGGUACUGAAAUUUUCAUACUAGAGAAGAUUCCCUUGAAAAUUCUGGCACUGAGUAUAACAUACUGACACAGUUAAUUGUUUUUAGAUUGGGAGAGUAUUCUAGCCAAUUCUUUGGAAAAUUUGGAUUCAGAACUCACAAAAAAUUUGAGUAAAACAUAUUUUUAGAUUAAAGCUAAUUUGGGACUGAAGAAGUACUAGAACUAGAUAUGAUAAAAAAAAAAAUUAAGAAGUAAUCUUAAAUAUUAAUUUAAAAUAGAAUAACAAGCAGUAUUUAUGGUUUAUGAUUAGAUUAUUUCUCAUCUUUUUAAAAUUAUUUUGAAGGUGUAUUGAAAAAAUAGUUGCAUUAUUAGAUACAACAUGAAAUAAAACAAAGUAUGUUGUGAUUAUUGUAAUAAAUAAAAAUUGAUUAUCUGCAAUCACUGUUAAAUCUAUCCUGAUGUACUCAAUUUUGGAAAACUAAAAAUAAAUUUUUUGAAUUAUUUUUUUUUUUUUUUAGGAGAGGGUGAAUAUACUAUUUGUAUCAAUGUACAUACCUUACUCAUAGAAUCAAAUCAUUUUGGGAAAUUUUAGAGGAGAAAAUAUUUUAAUUUGAAUUCAUUCUGAUUCUCAAAAC